CAAAAAUCAGAAAUGACCUUGAUGGAAACACUAUCCAUCCUGUAUUAGCAGAUAUAUGUAGUAAUUAGUGCCCGAAUAUCAUGAACAAAACCUUAAUCUCCGGUUUACGGCAUUAUGUCGCAUCAAAUCAUUCUAUUUUUACAAAUUUUUGUACUCAUCGGACUGCAUCAACGCUUAUCUUUGGAAAUGAUUCGAAAUUUCCUUCUGUUCGUUGCAACCAGAUACAUUACUCUCUAUUCUCCAAAGAUUCACGCCCUUUCAGCUUUCCUAAGAUUUCUUUCGGAUUGAAAAAUUUUCCACAGUUUUCUACUGAAUCGAAGAACAAUGUCCCAUCAAAUGUGAACGAAAAAAAUGGAAAUGACUUGGACGAAAGGAAAUCUAGUCUGAUCAAGAGAUUCAAGGAUGCCUAUGCAAUUUACGGGAAAGUUGUCUUGGUAACUCAUGGUGUGACGUCAUGUUUGUGGUUUGGAAUGUUUUACUCACUGGCUUGCACUGGGAUCAAUUUGCUGGAUAUUCUUCACAGUCUCAACGCACCUGGUUGGCUAAGUAAACCCCUCCAUUUAGGUGGGGGUACUGUGAAUACUCUGGCUACAGCCAUUGUAUUCUACAAACUGGCAGUACCAUUACGCUACGGUUUGACACUCAUAUUAACCAGGUAUCUAGUACGUUACCUUCGAUUGAAAGGAAAAGCACCACAAGUACAAGAAAAUGAUCGUCUACGAAACCUAGCUAAAGAAGGAGCAGAAAUUUCACGUGAACGAAUCAAAGCACGCAUGGCUAGGAGCAGAAAAAAUGUACUCAUGAGGAGGAAUCAACGAUGAUUAGUACAACGACCUUGUAAAAAAGUACCUUUUGUCAUUGUACAUUCGCUUUCAUUUUAUACUUAUCAAUAAAAGUAGUAGUUCGGCGAAAAACACUAAGAUAAAGUUUAAAAAAGCAUUUAAAAAAAGCUGAUGAAAAUGAUUUCCAGUAGCAAUUCAAACGACAAAUUGUGUAGUUUCAUGAUUGUUUACAAAUUCCUACCACUUUCAAACAUAUAAACUUUUG